GCCAAAUAAGACCAAGCCGAUCAUUUAUUUACGUGAGUUUGAAUUUUCAGUGCAUUAUUGCAUGUUGCAGCCAGUAUGACGUUCUGUUCUCACAAUCACAAUCAGUUGCAGUGUGCAUCUACUGCGAGUUGCGUCCGAUCUUUAACUGCAGUUCACCAUUUAUUUCACGAUGGAUCGUUGGCAAGGUAAGGUAGCAGUGGUGACUGGUGCAAGUGCAGGAAUUGGAGAAGCAAUUGUAAAAGACCUGGUUAAAGCAGGAAUGAAAGUUGUGGGACUUGCCAGGAGGAUCGAGAAAAUGGAAGAGAAUGCAGCUUCAAUGGAUACAUCCAAUGAUGGAGAAUUUUAUCCAGUUAAAUGUGAUGUAUCAAAAGAGCAGGACAUCCUGGACGCAUUUGCUUGGGUCAAAGAAACUUUUGGAGGAGUUGAUGUAUUGGUUAACAAUGCUGGCAUUUCAAAGAAUGUGAAUCUGACCGAUCCUGAUAAUACUGAUGAUAUUCGCAGUGUUGUGGAUGUGAAUAUUUUUGGUCUUUUCUUCUGUACAAGAGAAGCAUUUAAUUCUAUGAAGGAACGUGAUGUUGCUGGACACAUAAUACAUAUCAAUAGUGUUUUAGGCCAUUGGGUCCCUGAAAUUCCUGGAUUCAAUCUAAAUAUUUAUCCUGGCACAAAAUUUUGCUGCACUGCUUCUACUGAAGUUCUACGUAGAGAAAUGAUUAAAAUGGGAAAUAAAACUAAAGUUACGAGCAUUAGUCCAGGAUUUGUUGCAACAGAAAUGGUUGGCAAAGAGUCGACACCCGAAAAGGUUGAAGAAUUUUUGAAAAAUACUCCACAUCUUUUACCGGAAGAUAUUUCUGAAGCAGUGCUUUAUUGUUUAGGCACACCAGAACACGUCCAGGUACAUGAAUUGAUCAUAAGGCCUCAAGGAGAGAACAAAAUGGAACGUUGGCGAGGAAAAGUAGCUGUUGUUACAGGAGCAAGUGCAGGAAUUGGAGAAGCUAUUACUAAGGAUCUUGUGGAAGCAGGAUUGACGGUCGUGGGCUUGGCAAGAAGGAAGGAAAAAAUGGAGGAAAACGCUCAAUCAAUGAACCUGAAGAAUGGAGGCAAAUUUUUUGCCCGCAAAUGUGAUGUUUCCAAAGAACAAGAUAUAUUGGACACUUUUUCAUGGGUUAAGGAAAAUCUUGGCGGUGUUGAUGUCUUGGUUAAUAAUGCUGGAAUCGUCAGAAUGAAUAUGCUGACUAAUUCUGGUAACUCAGAUGAUCUACGAAGUGUAUUAGACGUGAAUGUGCUGGGACUUUGUUUUUGCACAAGAGAAGCCUUUAAUUCCAUGAAGGAACGUGAUGUUGCUGGACACAUUUUUCACAUAAAUAGUGUGGUUGGUCAUUCGAUACCAUUGGUUCCAAAUGUUCCUCCUACGAUGAACAUGUAUCCUGGUUCUAAACAUUGUGUUACUGCACUUACUGAAACACUUCGUCAAGAAAUGAUGUAUUUGAAGAGUAAAACUAAAAUUACUAGUAUUAGUCCAGGCGUAGUUUUAACGGAAAUUUUCGAUGCAGCAAUGGAUGAAGAAAAAAAGCAAGAAUUUUUAAAAUAUAACCCAUAUCUUAACCCAGAAGACAUUUCUCAAGCUGUCCUUUACUGCUUAAGUACACCUGAACAUGUCCAGGUACAUGAACUUACAAUUAAACCUGUUGGAGAGAAGUUUUAA